AUGAUAUCCUGUGUCUUUGCCCUCAUCUUCUUAACUGCACCUAAUCAGAUUUAUGACCAGAGCUCUCUAGAAUCACCGAACCAAUGGAAACAAAUGCCACAUUUGAAUCGAUUAGUUCUACUCUCUGAUAGUUAUAAAGGUUCUUUCUAUAGCGCCUACAAAAUUGGCGACAGCGGAGGAUUCCCUGAAAUCAAAGUAGAAGACGAUAUUUUUACGACGGCGGACCAAAGUACUCAUAAGCCCACCAAACUGCGCGCUUAUUGCUCACCUACCUUGUCGUCCACGGAGAUAAUCAAAUUUUUUUAUCCCAAGCUAGAGGGUCACGAAUUGUCAUCAGAAAAGUGCCGGAAGGUAAUCUAUAAACAAUGGGACGGCUCUAAAGAUAAAACGAAAUCGGGAAACCAGAUAAUCUCUCAAAGUUCUACCUGUUCGAAUAGCGAUAUCAUCGGCUUGGCUUUUCAGGGCGAUAUAUCGAUUGUAGGAGGCUACAAUCGUUAUGCCCCAUCAAAAAAUCAAAAUGUGCCGUUAGUAGCCUUUUCAAAUACCUUGGAUUUGGAAGAUUUAGUCUCAGAUCGUCAACUCUACGCGGCAUGGGAAAAGGAUGAGUCGCAGAUGGUGCUUGUCUGGUAUUAUGGACAGCUACACCUAUUCAAACGAAGCCGCGAAGAUAAAUCAUGGUGGCCGAUGACUGACCUCAAUAACCCGGCAAAAAAUGGUGCGAUGAUUUUAAACUUUUUGCGAAAUAGGUUGAGAUUGUUCCAAGAGCUAGAUAAAAUACUCGGGAGAUAUUCUUACAGACAAGAUUUCUCUACUUAUUUACGGAAGGUAUCAGGCCGUAGACCGCCUAAUAAGAUUGAGAAGGUGUAUAGGUUGAUGGCUGAAAUAAGCUACAGUGCGUUGCAGGAGCCAGCUACGGCCCCCUCCUCAUAUUUAAAAUUUGAUAUGGGCUUGCAUUCAGAAUCAAAAAAGAUAAAGAAAGCUAGCCUCAGGUGA